AUGGCAUUGAAAAGCUAUCACCGAGAAACUCUUAAUGGAAAUUGGUACGAAGAGCGGGCGAAACCAUUGAAUGGUGUUCUGCCUUUCGAUGCAGUGAAUGAUUUUCAAACGAGUACAGCCACCGACUUUAAUGGAUCACAACCGAUAUCUUUCCGUCAUAAGCCUCGCAUGAUCAACGAAAGCAACAUCAAUGAAGCAAUUCGUUUGGCCGCAUCAUCUAAUCCGAGUCGAACCUUUGGUUCUCUGUAUCCAGUUCCAAACGAAGAUUUAGAGCGCAACUUAAUCUCGACUCAGCAUCGCGUACAUACCAACCACUUUACGUCACCGAUUUUACCUGGAAAUGCUGUAGAGCGAGGCAAUGCUACACCUCGUGCUAUCAGCGAGGUGUUUCGUACAAGCUCUGAGCCACAGAAGGAUACGCGGGCUCAGCGAUCGUGGAUGUAUUCGAUUGAUCCGAUGAUUACUGCGAUAAAUAGGCGAGAGUUGACCGAGUCAAGGGCGAUUAAAAAGCGGGAACCACUUGACAAUCAUAUAAAAAACUAUGGACGUCAAACUACUGCCAUCACGAGCAUUCGGAGCCGUCAUACGGGAGUUUUUGUGGACGAUGAACCAGGGUGUCAACAGUAA